AUGAGUACCGAUUCUGAUGAAUCUGAAUUUUUGAUAUAAUACUUCUCCAAUCUAAUCCUUGCUCCAGAAAACCAAAAACCUCAACCCAUUAACAAUGAAUAUUCUUCCUAGAUUUUAUAUGUUUUUGUUCAUACAAAUUAAAGAUUCGAUUACAAAUCAUGGGGUUAAGAGUAUUUUGGGAAAGCAGUAAAAAUUAGUAUGUUUCGAAGAACUUAAAAAUAUACCAUAUUGAAAUUGUUGAGUGACUAAGUUUUGUUUUAAAAUUUCAGACAUCAAGAGAUGAAUUGCUGUAUCAAACCAACAUUUCAUAUUAGUGCUACACUUUCAGUUCAAGUACCAUAUGAUGGUGUCAAUGACUACGUAGUAUAAGGGAACAAAACUAUCUAUUUAUUGGGUAAGGAAUGUACAUUGAAGGAGAAUGAUAAAAUAGAAUUUAAGUCAUAUAAGGUGGAUCUUUUGAUCAACAACACAGAAUAGAUAAUGAAGGUCAUCUGCAGCAUUUUGAAUAGUCGUAGACAAGGUAAGAUUUUGAUAGGAAUUUCAUUUGACAAAGAUCUUAAUAACUAUGUGGUUAGUGGGUGUUUUUGUUAAGAGAAGAAGGCCUAUUAAGUGAUGACUGCAAUAAUGCAUAAAUGCAAGGAGUUUGGUUGCGAUUAAUGGGUGAAUGUUAAAUUGCAUGAGUGCGGAGUGCUACUUUAGGAUGUAUGUUAUGUUGUGAACAAUCUAAAAAUAUUUGAGAUUACAAUUAAAGAGGGCCCAAAUCAAUUAAUAACCAAUACUCCUGGCAAAUAUUAUAUUCGAGAGAAUGGACAAUCAGUGCCUAUAAAAAUGAAGCAACUCUUCAAUUAUUGGAAAGAUAAAAUGAUAACAGAGGAAUAAUUUGAGUAAUGCCUCAAUUUUUAUGAUGAGUUGAUGAAGAAAAACAAGUUAGUUUGAAGAAAUCAAUAAAUUGUGAAUA